AUGCCGAAGUACUACUGUGAUUAUUGUGAUACAUAUUUAACACACGAUUCGCCAAGUGUCAGAAAGACACAUUGCACUGGAAGAAAACAUAAAGACAAUGUGAAAUUUUACUACCAAAAAUGGAUGGAGGAACAGGCUCAAAAUCUCAUCGAUGCCACCACAGCAGCAUUCAAAGCUGGUAAAAUUGCUCAGAAUCCGUUUGGAAAUAAAGGUGCAGCUAUUCCCCCACCGUGGGAUCCGUCAGUGAUGGGGCCUGGUGGGCCAAGACCACCAGUCCCGGCGCCUGGUGGUCCGCCAGGUAUGCUGCCGCCACCGACCAUGGGGCCAGGUGGUCCAAUGGCGCCGCCUAUGAUGAUGGGUCCUCAUGGUCCCAUGCCACCGAUGGGAAUGGGGAUGGGAAUGAGACCACCUAUGAUGGGACCGCUCAUGGGCCCAAUGGGACCCAUGGGUCCAAUGGGUCAAAUGAGACCGCCUCAGAUGAAUGGACCGAUGAUCAAAUAG